UUUCCGGUUUGCGACCCGCCGUUCCCCUCCUCCCUGGUGUGCGUGAUGACGUACGUGGUAUGCGAGAAGAGGGGGGCGCGCGCUGAGAAGAUGGCGGCUGGAGGGUCCCGGGGAGAGCUCUGGAAAUUGGGAUAACCUGCGGCCGAACAACUCUUCUCCGCUCCCCGAGAUGUCCAACUAUUUACAAUGAACAGCAAGGAUUGCGCCGAGCUCUCAGCAGAAAACGGCCACCACAUCAAGGUUUUUCUACCCAAGAAGCUGCUGGAGUGUUUACCCAAGUGUACUACUUUACCGAAGGAGAGGCUGCGCUGGAACACUAAUGAGGAGAUCGCCUCUUACCUUAUCACCUUUGAGAAACAUGACGAAUGGCUUUCUUGUGCCCCCAAAACCAGUUCACCUUUCUGUCUCCUCUCCACAGUUCACGGCAUUAAAUGGUCCUGCAGUAACGGAAACGGAACCAGCGAAUUCUCCAUAGAACAGCUUGUGCAGCAGACGCUGGAGACGCACCAGGCCAAGCCGCCUCCUCGCACUCACACUUGUCUGUGUAACACCAAUCUGGGGUCAGUGGGCGGCGUCCCUCACAAAUGCACCAGUACGAAGCACCGCAUCAUCUCUCCGAAGGUGGAGCCUCGACUGUGUCCCUUCCCUGCUCUUACAGAGGUCCAGAACAUUUCUUCAUCCUCGGCAGAACCCGACCAAGGCAAAGACCGGAGGCCAGGAAAUAAGGGUAGCAAGACGCCUUUGGGGAAUGACCCCAGCUCCUCACAUUCCUUCCCUGAACUCCCUGACACCACCCAGGCCUCGCCACCGCUGGCACUCUCCAAUGGCUUUUACACUGACCGAGAACUAGCCGGGGUCACCAUAACCACCACCUCUGGUGUUCCUGGCAUCAGCGCAGUGCUGGUGAUGACCGGAAUCCCCGAAAAGCCUCUGGCGUUGACGCCAAGCCAGCAUUUGAUGCCAGCUGAUCCUGGAACCCAGCCUGCCACUGUACCCGUCGGUAUUUCCCUUCUGCCCUCACCUGUGGAGGGCCUCCUGCUUUCCUCAUCUCAAAGUCUAGAGGUAGCAAUGGAGGCAGCUUCUGGGGGCAGCGCUGGAACUUUCGACCCCGACUCCUUCCUUAAUAGCCCGAAGGAGGGACAGACUUAUGGAGGAGCAGCUAAAAUGGAGGGGUUCAAGACAGAGAUACACGACGGAAGGCUCACGGGGUCCCAGGUCAGUAGUCUUAUGCAAUCUAGCGAGCUGACACAAUCGGACUUGGUUGUGAAGGAAGAGGAGGAGAAGACCGUGAUGGAAGAGCAGAGUAACAAGGCGGAGGAAAGCGUCAGCCAUAGUUCAGAGGUGGAGAUGGAAGAUUCAAGGGAAGGGCAGGUCAGUUCCAGCGAUGACGUCCAGACAGACGUCGUGUCCUCUGUUGAAACUCAGGAAGAUAGUGAAGCUCCAGGAAGCCACAUAAAUGACCUAUACUCCAUCAUCCAGAAUGACUUGAGCUCUUCCUCUGGCGCUUCCAGUGUCCACAUGGAACUCUCUGCCGAAAACUUCAAUAUCUCUUUUGACAGUCAAUUUCCGGAUCUCAUAUCUGACCUGAUGACGGAGGAAUCUGCCCCAGGGGGGUAUGAACAGUUUGGUGAACCUCAGGCCAGUUCUUCUCCAGUCGUGGCCGUCUACGGGCAGCAAGUGCAGCAACAACCUCCACCUCAGCCGAUGCAGCCCAUGAACACGGCAACCACAGCAGUUACCGAUUCAUUUCCAGAGGCGGGUGAUGGAGCCAUAGGACUAGUGGGGAUCACUGACUUUUCACCAGAGUGGUCCUACCCAGAGGGUGGUGUCAAGAUUCUCAUAACCGGACCAUGGGUGGAGGACUCCGACUCCUAUUCCUGUGUGUUUGAUCAUGUGACUGUCCCUGCAUCUCUUAUCCAGUUAGGAGUCCUGCGCUGCUACUGUCCAGCUCAUGAAGCCGGCCUGGUCACCCUGCAGGUCAUCCAGCACCAGCAGGUCAUCUCGCACUCCGUCAUCUUUGAGUAUCGCGCUCGUAACUUCCUGUCUCUGCCCAGCACCCAGCUGGACUGGCUGUCCCUGGACGAUAAUCAGUUUAGGAUGUCGAUUUUGGAGCGAUUGGAGCAGAUGGAGCGCAGGAUGGCGGACAUGAGUUCGGGUCAGCUCCAGCACCCGCCAGCCCCGUCCAGCGGCCAUCGAAGCGGAGACAGUCAGGUGUCCUCUGCAGAUUCCUUCGAGGCUCGACUUGUCGCUGUUUGUGAAAAAAUGAUGUCACAGACCUGCUGGGUGACUUCAGACCUUCUAGCCCAUGAGAUGAGCUUCCGGGGAAUGACCCUGCUCCAUCUGGCGGCAGCCCAGGGCUACGCCAGGCUUAUCGAGACUCUAAUACAGUGGAGAAGCCUCCAUUCUCAGAGUUUGGUGGUGGAGUUAGAGGUGGAUCCUUUGAACGUCGAUCACUUCUCAUGCACUCCUCUGAUGUGGGCCUGUGCUCUGGGGCACACAGAGGCCGCCACCCUCCUCUUCCGCUGGGACUGCCGGGCUCUCUCCAUUCCGGACUCCUUGGGCCGCUUUCCCCUUGGGGUGGCCCGUUCGCGAGGACACGUCAAAUUGGCCUCCACUCUGGAGGAGAUGCAGAGACAAGAAGCGGCACCGGGAAACUUCACUGAAUUGCAUUCUGGGAGCUGGCACUCCUUGAUGGGAAGCCAGGAGAUUGGCCGAGGACUCUCCCCGAUAUCUACAAGUGCAGAUACCGGUCUCAGCAGUCUCCCGUCUCCUUCCGACGUGUCAGACGGCUCCAUUUCCGCCACUUCCGCCUACUCCAGCAGCUCUGCUCUCCGUGGUUCACUGGACUGCAGCCCAGAGAGCAGCCAGGACACUCCUGUAGAAGCAUCCCCUAAUUCCAGGCUGCUUGGGGCUGCAUCGUGGGACCUAGAGGACCCCGUGGAACAAGGCCAGUACCUGGACUCCCCUGGAGCGGUUGAUGCGGGUCUCCUGCAAUACAGAGAAGACACAGAAAACCGCGACUUUUUGCAGGUUGAUAUGGUCACCCUCGCAGAACAGAUCAUAGAGGCCACACCGGAUCGCAUCAAGCAGGAUGAUUUCACCGCCUCAGACUCCGCUCCGCUCAGAGAGAGAUCGGGCAACCUUAGCAAGACCAUGGCAUGGCUGGCCAGCUACCUGGAUACCGCCGACCAGAUGCCCGGCUUACCCCCUCAUGGAGAGGGCAUGCGGGCAGCACGUGCCUUGGCUCGCUUUGCUCAGAUGAGUCCAGGAGAGGACGGUAGCAGCCUGGGGUCACAUGCCGACGUUGGAGCCUUUGGGCAGCGAAGCAAACGGGUGAACAGAAGGUCCAUGGAGGGGUUACGUGUCAAAGUGACCAGGUCCGAGGCCCCACCAUCCCCUACAACUCCUCCCCCAUUGGGAGAGAUCUCAUUUGAACGGUUUGACCCUCCCGGUGCAGCCAGGUGGUCCGAGUUCCUCAGUGCCUCAAGCAGCGGACGCAUGGAGAGUGAGUUUGCCCUGCUGACCCUCUCGGACCAUGAACAGCGGGAGCUCUACGAGGCAGCUCGGGUUAUUCAGACCGCCUUUCGCAAGUACAAGGGACGACGGUUAAAGGAACAGCAGGACCUAGCGGCUGCCGUUAUCCAGCGCUGCUACCGGAAGUACAAACAGCUAACAUGGAUUGCUCUGAAGUACGCACUGUAUAAGAAAAUGACGCAAGCGGCCAUCUUGAUCCAGUCCAAGUUCCGCAGUUACUACGAGCAGAAGCGUUUCCAGCAGAGUCGCAGAGCAGCGGUGUUGAUCCAGCAGUGUUACAGGAGCUACAGAGAGGGAGCCCGCGGGGGGCCGGCCUUGCAACAUCGACUCAAGGGGUCAUUCCUGACAAAGAAGCAGGACCAGGCUGCCCGUAAGAUCAUGCGAUUUCUGCGACGUUGCAGCCACAGGAUGAAGGAAUUAAAGCAGACUCAAGAUCUGGAGUGUUUACAGAAACGGGGGCUGGCCAAAUAACCUUGGGCUCCCCGCCCCCAAACCCCCCCCCCCCCAUCUCCGGAGCCCGCUGCCGGAAACCCGCACAUUGCCAGAUGGAGGGAGUCUGCCCACCAGAGGGCGCCACUCCCCAGCCUAGCGCAUGAGAGAGAGAGCGUGUGAACGAGCGUGACUUAUCGUGUAUAUGUUGCAUGUGGACGGCUGUAAGUUUAUGUGACUGCAUGCGUGUACAGAUGUAAAUAAUCUUGUUGGCGGGUGCCAAGGUCACCACCACUCCUGGUCCUCAACAGUCCAGGAGUCUGCGUGGCCUCACUCCUUAAGGGCCCCCGCUCCCAGACUACUCUUGGUGUAGCCUUGUGCCGCACAACAGUGAGACGCCUAGACGCACAGGCCAUCAUAUGUACAUAGGCUUUAUCUGUACAUAUAUGUUUAUAUAUAUAUAUAUAUAUAUUUAUGCACGUUCUUUCCAGUAUACAAGAAACCGGGACAUAACCCUGACACAUGCAUAUACGUGCCGUGAAUAUUACUUAUAUGUGCACAUACGUGUGAGUAUGCCUAUACAACCUAUACAUGCUUGCACAGGGAAGGGGGAUAAAAUAUCUUGUAUGGGGGGGGGCGCGCAUUAUAAAUUGCAUGAGGGUGUAUGUGUAACCGUGCGGACACCAGUGAGCGUGUCCAAGUUGUGUGUGUGUAUA